UUAUGGAAAAAAAAUGCAAAGACAGACAUCAAUAGGAUUUUUUUUAACCUUUUCAAACUAACAGUUGAAUUACAUACUGAUACUGUGGCCAGAGUAAGAAUAAGAGCUACAAGACUCUUUGUCACAUCCCAUUUCAAUGGUGUGAGGAGUCAGUCAAGUCUGUUUACUUCUUCCUUUUUUAUUUACAUCAAUUUAGUGGCCACAAAGUCAGAAAAUGUCUUCUCUCCUCACUUAGUGAAUGUAAAGUUUCAACUUUAAUAUAUGCCAACCACAUAGCUUUCAUUUCUAGCACCAAAACUGGCCUUAGAAGAUUGUUGCUAGCUUAGAUUAUUAUUGUGAAAGGAAAAAAAUGGUAAAAACAAAGAUAGUUUCAGUAAAAGCAUAAUCAAACUCAAAUGGACAACGCCGAACAAUAGAACAAUGUUGUUGUUGUUGUUAAUUGCGAAGUCGUGUCCGACCCAUCGCGACCCCAUGGACAAUAGAACAAUGCACCUCUUUUAAAUACUACUUUUGAGAAAUCCUUUAUAUGGAAGACAUACUUAAUCACCAACACUGAGAGGCAAGCCAUGAGAAUAUAAACUGAGAGCAAACUUGACUCCUUACUAGAACUGAUUAUGUUACUAAGUUUGGGUAAUGAAACAUUUGCAAGAAAACAAACAAGCUCAGAGAACCCCAAGGGACCCUCAUUUCAACCUGAGCUAGAAAUAUUCUCCCUUAUUGGCAAUAUGAUUGUUACCAGGUAUGUAUGUGUGUAUGUAUGUGUGUAUGUAUCUGGGGCAAAAAGAUCAAAAGAAAAUGGGACGAGAAGCAACCACAAAAAUAAUUUACAGUAGAAGAAUCCAGACACACUCCAACACGACUUCUAAAGAGAGACUAAGCCGGCGCAGGGUAUAUGCAUCAUCCCUUGUGCUUUUUCUCUCCACAAGGCUAAGAUCCAAUAGUUUUAUACCUCAACAUCCGGUUCUCAGUUGCAGUUAAUAGGCCUCCAUAUGCGGGCAGGACCACUAUAAAUGCGUAGAACUUAAGGUUAAAAAAAUACUUAAAUUUUAGUUAUUGGUAAAGCCUAAAAACAGAAGCCAGACACCACCCUCCGGCAGGAUACGCAUAGGUUAAGUUCAAUGAAAGAAAACGUUGAGUUUGUUGUGUUUCCUCCAUUCUGAGGACCCGCGUAAUAUAAUUUAGAUUCGCUCUUCGGAAACACUGGCACCUCUGAACACGGUUCUUAGAUUAUUAUUUUAUAAAAUUCAGCAGACAGAUUUUCCCGUCACGAAGUUGCAGAUAGCAGUGAAGACACCAAAGCCUGUUAAACCCCUACUUCUCUUGGAAAAGGAUAGAGAGGCAGAAUUCAAGGAGUACUGAAAGAAUCUAUAUCUUAGAGAAGAGUCCCAUUUCUUCCAAACCUCGUAGGGAAUGACAUCCUUUCAUCCUCCUUCUUUCAUUUAGUAUUUCGAUUAAUAUGUACCCUCGCUGUCUUUAGCUCCCCCAUUGAGGAUUCCAUUCAUAACCGGAAGCUGAAGAGGAAACCUACUUCUUCGGAAAGGCCCCUUUGAUUGGAUUGCGAUUGGCUCUGCAGCUCGCCCGGGAAGAAAAUGUUCCGUCUGCGUCCUGGGCGCCUUACAACCUGCAUGGUGGCUUUGGCGGAGUGGUAGAACGGCGGAUUCCAAUAAGCCAAGCAUAAAAUAAAAGAAAGCGAUUGGUGAAUUGGCGGCAUCUGAUCUCCUCAAAGGACCGGAGCACCGGAGCCAUGAUGGCCUGCUGCUGGCAAAGGCUGGGUCUGGUGGCAUCGCAAGGGGGGACUUGUGCAUCGCUCCGGACCAAGAUGAGAGAGGGUCGAUACUUACGCGACGCUGGGAGAAAAGGACUUAACCUCCGGGCUGGAGCGCCAGGAAUGGUCAUUGGUCAUUCCAAAGCGCUCCGGCACCAGCUGCAAGGAACGCCCACAGUCGAUUCCCAUGGCUUUAGUCGCCGGGUAUCUUCUAGCUCGACGAGGGACAGAGACGGAGGGGAUGAGCUUCCAGAACAGGUUAGCCCUAAAUCUCAGCAGGACUCCUUUAGAUUGAGGGAGACCAGCAGGGCUUGGAGACGGUCGCUAUCGCCCUUGGAAAGGCUGAGCCGGAUGAUUCCCCCCGAGCUCCACUCUGCGGAGAUCAGAGCUCUGAAAAGCGCGGAGAUGAAGGAAUCCAAGUUUCAGGAACACGAAACAGACGUCGCAGAGGUGGGAGUCUUUCCUGGAGCAGAUUCCCAGCUGGAUCGAGGCAUGUUCUCCGAGAAAAUAAAAAAUGCGCCUUCCAGGAACUGCCCCUUCCGAGUUGGGGAGCUGAUUCUAAUAGAGGGUCAUCGAAAACACGGCUCGAAAUUGAAGAUUCAAUGCGUGCUCACUGAUACCGGAACGUCUAAUACUAAUUUAGGUUUCAUUAGAUUCUCUGAGAUCAUAGGUAGACUCCCCGGGCAGCUAUUCCAAACGUCCCAGGAUAAAAUCUUGAUGAUUCGGAGGCCAUCCUUACAAGAAUAUGUGCUGCUAAUGGAUCGAAAACCUUCCAUCAUCUCUCCGAAGGAUGCCAAUACAAUGUUACUGCUAAUGGAUAUCACUCAAGGGGACAUAGUAUUGGAAGCUGGUUCUGGUUCUGGCAGUAUGAGCUUAUUUCUGUCAAAAGCAGUGGGGUCACAAGGACUUGUUAUAAGUUACGAAAUUAUGAAACAACAUCACAAAUUGGCAAAGAAGAAUUUUUGGCAGUGGUGUAAUGCAUGGAAACUAGGACGUGGUAAAGAGUGGCCAAAUAAUGUAGAUUUCAUUAAUCAAGAUAUUUUGACUGCAGCUGAGGAUUUGAAAUCUGUAACACUUGAUGCGGUAGCUCUGGACAUGCUUUCCCCACAGAAUGCUUUGCCUGUAAUUUUCCCAAGUCUUAAACAAGGGGGGGUAUGUGUUGUAUACUUGGCAAAUAUUACUCAGGUUAUUGAAUUGAUUGAAGCUAUCCGGAUCAGAAAAUUAGCCCUUUUUUGUGAAAAGGUUUUGGAAGUUACACAUAGAGAUUGGCUAAUAUGCCCAGCUACAUGGGAAAAGAGAAAUGUUCUUAAAAACAUAGCAUCUGAAUUAAACAUCAAUGAUGAAACUGUUUGCCAUUAUGAAAAUGAUGUUUCUGCUGAAGAGAGAGGAAAUGAAGCUCUUGUUUCUGCCAAUGUAAGAAUACCUUAUGUUGCUAAACCUUUCCCAUACCAAGUUGGUCACACAGUAUUCCUUGUCAAGCUGAGGAAAUUUAAUUCAUUAUAUCCAAACACUGCUCCCGACGGAAUGUGCCAAUUUGAAGACCGUACUUCAUCAGAAGUAACACAUUAAAUUUUCUUCUGAAAUGAGUAUUAUUUGGGAAACAUCGGAUGUGUUUACAUUGACUAAGAUACAGUAUGUUUCAAUAUAUUAAUGUGUUUAACACAUAAAAUAAAUAAACCAAAUUUAGACAAAAAA